CGAAUAAGCAUGGCGCGGGGGUGGCCUGGAGAUGCAGGAGCACAGCAUAGCAUAGCAUAGCAUAACAUAGCAUAGCAGCAUCCUGAUGGAGGGAGGAUGGCGAGCCAACGGGAGCGGGAACAGAGCGUUUUCAAACAUGUCCUAAAGUGACAUACACUCUGUGUGCCCUCUUGCCCACGUUAACGGGUACUCGCCCGUUCUGUGUGUGUUUCCUCCGAGUCUAGACCUCUGCUCCGCUCCCCAGAGCUCGACGUGAGCGCGAUCUCUCCGCCUAGCCCCUCCCUCCAUCCUUCUCCCUCCUCUGGCGUCCCUCUCGAGGGAAUUCCUCGAUCAGGCGAGCGAAGCAAAGAAGCAGCAGAGCAGAGGAGGACGAUACGCAGGCUGUGAAGUGGAUUCAUGGUCUGAUCGAAGAACAAGGAUUUGUAUUCAAGAAAGACAAGGAAGCGACGACUGUGCGAACGAGAGCGUAAAGAAGGAAUUACGUUGGAUGGUUGAUUGCCAGCAGCAUCAGCAGCAUCAGCAGCAGCCGCAGCAAGCACGGAGAAGGAAAGAGGAGGUUGUAAAGUGUGUGUGCAAUAGUAGGAACCAAACUCACCCUUCAGAAAUGGUAACGCGUCUUUAAGUACGCAAUUGUAUCAGUAGCCGUUGGUGCAUUUGAGUUGUGAACCGAAUCACAGUUGACAGUCUUCGAAGAUGGGAAGCCGUCACGAUAAGGACAAGGACAAAGGCGUCAAUGUCCAAGUUCUUCUUCGAUGCAGGCCUUUCAGCGAAGAUGAGCUGAAGAGUAAUGCACCACAAGUAAUAUCCUGCUAUGAACAUCGUCGGGAGGUGACGGUGUGUCAAAAUAUAGCUACCAAGCAGAUAGAUCGAACAUUCACGUUUGAUAAGGUCUUCGGUCCUACGUCUCAGCAAAAGGAUCUUUAUGACCAGGCAGUUAUUCCCAUCGUGCACGAAGUGCUUGAUGGGUUCAAUUGUACCAUAUUUGCAUAUGGUCAGACUGGGACAGGAAAGACUUACACAAUGGAAGGUUCAGGGAGGAAGGCGAAGAAUGGAGAGCUGCCUCCGGAUGCUGGUGUCAUUCCUAGAGCCGUCCAGCAGAUUUUCGACACUCUGGAAAGUCAACACGCUGAGUACAGUGUGAAAGUCACAUUUCUGGAGCUAUACAACGAGGAAAUAACUGACUUGCUAGCCCCGGAAGAGUUCUCGAAGGUCAUGGACGACAAACAACGUAAGCCAUUAGCACUCAUGGAAGACGGGAAGGGUGGUGUGCUGGUUCGUGGACUGGAGGAGGAAAUUGUGACUAGUGCAAACGAAAUCUACAGUUUGUUGGACCGAGGAUCCGCGAAAAGGCGUACUGCCGAGACGCUCUUAAACAAACAAUCCAGUCGAUCACACUCUAUCUUCUCCAUUACUAUCCAUAUCAAAGAGGCCACUCCAGAGGGUGAGGAGCUUAUCAAGUGCGGGAAGUUGAACUUGGUCGAUCUUGCUGGUUCCGAAAACAUUUCUCGGUCCGGUGCCAGGGAUAGCCGAGCGAGAGAAGCUGGGGAAAUCAAUAAGAGUCUGUUGACUCUCGGGCGUGUAAUCACAGCCCUCGUGGAGCACUUGGCGCACAUCCCGUACAGGGACAGUAAGCUCACCAGAUUACUAAGGGAUUCCCUCGGUGGUAAAACAAAAACCUGCAUUAUUGCAACUGUAUCUCCGUCUGUACAUUGCUUAGAAGAAACCCUCAGUACGCUGGACUACGCCCACCGUGCAAAGAACAUCAAGAACAAGCCAGAAGUGAACCAGAAAAUGAUGAAGUCUGCCUUGAUCAAAGAUCUCUAUGGGGAAAUUGAGAGGUUGAAAGCAGAGGUCAAUGCCGCUCGGGAUAAAAAUGGAAUUUACCUUCCUCGCGAACGCUUUUACCAAGACGAAGUCGAGAAGAAGGCCAAGGAUGACAAAAUCGAGGUCAUGGAGUACGAACUUGAGGCCAAAGACAAGCAAAUUGAGGACGUGCAAGAAAAUCUCGAAAUCCAUCAAAAGCAGUACGCUGAGCUGGCAGCGAAGAUGGAAGCUACCCAGAAAGCGCUCGAACAAUGUCAAGAAGCCCUCGUGGAAGCGAACAUCAACAUGAAGCACGCCCAAUACACGAUCAGUCAACAUGAAUACGUCAUUGAAGCACAGCAACAAGCAGAAACUAGCCUCGCAACACAGGCUGCACAACUUCGAUCUGAAUUGGAGAAUGCAGUCACCGAUGUUUCUGGACUAUUCGCGAAGCUGGAGCGUAAAAACAACCUGGAAGCUGGAAAUCGUCAGUUGGUCGAGAAGUUUCAAACCAUGCUCUCUGAGCAGAUGCACGUGGUACACAACACCAUGGCGGGUUCUGUCACCGCCCAGCAGAAACUGCUUCACAAGAUGGAGCUGCAGCUCCAGGGAUUCAUGACAGCCAAAGAUCAAUCGGUGGAGCAGUUGAAGAUGAAGCUUGAUGGCCUCCGCAGCACCUAUCUCCAACAGAUACGCAGCCUGCAUGAAGUAGUUAGCACUCAUGAGACCGGCUCCUCGGAUGUCCUUCAAAGGCUGAACACCUCUGUUUCAACUCAUUCUUCAGAACUGGAUCAAUUGUUUGCCCGUCACGUAGUUGAGGCUGAAUUGGUUCUCAAGGAACUUCUGGAGUCACUUAGGGAGCAACAACGUGAAAUUACAGGGCUUGCCACUCAACAACGGGAGGCAGCGCGACUGAAUCUGGAUUCAACCAGAUCCAUCUCCAGAGUCGUCCUGGACACUCUUCAAACGCUUUACUCUGGUGCUCUUGACUUCGCCGAGAAUGUCGAAUCAAGUAGCAGUGCCCAUGAUCAGAGUCUUGCUCAGCUUGCGGAGGCAUACGAGGAGCAAGCGAAGCAAGAGAAGGCACUAUUGAUGGAGGGUAUAGCCGAAAUGUUGAGCCAAUCCAUGACUCGAAAGGUUGAUCUGGUCACAUCCAGAGUCAGCAAGUUAAGAGAGACGACAGUCUCCGAAGCUGCGGAGAGAAAGGCAAAGAUUGUCACCUUCCAGGAAGUCACCUCCUCUGCUAAAGAGAAGGUGGAGGUCUUCGUGAAAUCUAGCGAGGAGGCUGCAACUGAAAGCGCAUCUCUUCUAACUCUUAAACACGAACGCAUGGACGAGCUUCUAGAAAUCUGCGUAAAGGACACCAACAAAGCAGAACAACAAUGGAAGGCUGCAUCAGAAUCAGUUCAGCAAUUCGAAAGGAAUUACAUUCCAGUCACAACCUCGCUCAUCAAUGAAGGAUUAGAGGCAAAUCAGUUCCUAGUUGCCCGAUCAGCAGCACUCAAUACGGCGGUAGAGGCCGACAUUGAGGACGGAACUGUGGCAGCGUUUGCUCUCAUUGAGGACACAAGGCAAUACGAGCAUGAGGCAGCAGCCGGAUUACAGUCUAUUGUGGAGGCACAGUCGCAUGCGGCGGCCCAGCUUGAAAGCUCCCACAAUUCCAACGUAGACGAACUGAAGCGAAUCACCGAGCAAAGUCUUGGCGUUGAUUAUCAGGAUGACCAACCGACUGGUUCAACUCCCUCUAAGAGAACAAUCGAAGUACCUAGCUUAGCUGCAAUCAACUCGUUGCGUACACCUGCAAUGGAAAGUUUAGUGCAGGAAUUUCGAUCAAAGCACAGCCCACCUGAAAUGGAGGGUCGAUUGAAGCUAGCGAACGGAAAAGUCAUAACGCAGGCAGACGUCCGAGAUUUCCGAAUUCCCCUGACGACACUCAACUAGAAAGAUGUACUAUUUUCCAGCGUGUCUCGCGCUUGGGUCAGCUGAACCCACCAACUGUCCAGUUUACGUCUGUCUAGUCAUCCCUUGGGUGGAGAUGAAGGAUGGACAGAUGUUUGUCAAAAUCCGCUCGUGUGUCGACUUGACAACCAGCCGAAGCUUUGUCCUAACCAUCUAGAGCUGUAAUUUAUAAGAACGUUGCUGUAGAUACCACCAUGUUCUCACACCGGUUAAUGAUUGCUGGAGAACUUUGUUUCUUGCUGAAGUAUAUCUGGCCUGUCUAGGCAGCAGAGUAGAUUUCCACAUUCUCCGUGGAGGGUUAGGGGUCAGUGAACACACUCUUGAAGGACUGAGUUGGAUGGAGGUAGUUGAAUCCAGAUCAGUGGCCUGACUAGCACGCGCAACGCACCACGCGAGCGGGUUGAGGCCAUUGUCGAGGAAUGUAUGUCUGCAUUAUUUGAGCUGCGUCGAGUCGACUCACUCAACUCAGGCAUUAUGGAUGGUGAGAUUGAUUCAUUUACGGUUGUGUUGGUUCUCUGGGAGACGACAGCCACAGCAGCGGAGAAAGUAUUAACUCCUCACUAAUUAGGGUUUCUAGGACAAUUUGUUGUAUGACUCUUAAUGAAGGUCAGAACCAAGCUCGACUCACCAAAUUGGUUGGUGAGCACAAGUAUUUGAAAGAGGGAUUUCACUGCACAGUGGAUUUCGAUGGGCUGAUUAUUUAAUAUCCGCCCAGUCAAACCCUUCAGUAGCUGGUUGUCAACUUCAUCCUCGUAUGUACAUAGACAUAUUCAUUAUCUGAACUUAGAGAGGGAAUUUCUUCAGCUAGAUACGGCACCACUCAAGUAAGUCGUCCUGGCACUCAAGCACUCAUGAAGUCUUGACAUUGGAUAUGUUCUCUUGUAAAAAUCACUCUACUAGUGAAUUUCAAUGAGAGGACUGAAGAGAAAUCUGCUGCUGCGUUUUUGAUCCUGACUUGCAAAUAAAGUACUCUGCAAUGGAACGUUUCG